AUGUCCGCCGCGGGAAAAGUGGCCGCGCGAGGCGCGUUCGUGCUGUUCGAAGGCGCGGAUCGAUGCGGGAAGUCGACGCAAGCGAUGCGGUUGGUGCACACGCUCGAGGCGCGGGGGGUCGAGGCGGAGCUGUGGCGGUACCCCGAUCGCGCGACGGCGAUGGGGAAGAUGAUCGAUCAGUACUUGCGGUCGAAGAGCGAGAUGGAGGAUGGGGCGAUACACCUGCUGUUCGCGGCGAAUCGAUGGGAGAAGAAGGCGCUCAUGGAACGCAAGCUCGCGAGCGGCGUGACGUUGGUGUGCGAUAGGUACUCGUACAGCGGGUGCGCGUUUACGGCGGCGAAGGGGGUGGAUGGAUUGGAUUUAGAGUGGUGUCGCGCCCCUGAAGUCGGAUUACCGCGUCCGGACGCGUUGAUGUAUUUAGAGUUAUCGCUCGAGGACGCGGCGAAGCGCGGCGGCUUCGGCGAGGAGCGAUACGAGACGACGGAGAUGCAACGCGCCGUCAAGGCGAGUUUCGAAGCGAUGCGAGAAGAUUGGUGGGACGUGAUCGACGCCAAUCGCGAACCGGACGUGAUUCAGGACGAAGUCUUGCGCAUCGCGCUGAGCGCGGUGGAGAAAUGCCGAGCCGGACGCGAGUUGAAGCGGCUGUGGCAGUCGUAGCGCGCGUGCAACAACCAAACCAACCAACUCUGCGCGUUUCCUCACCCUCGCGCGCGCUCGCAUGGCUCCGAGCGCCGACGUCGACGCGUUAGACGCGCGCGUGACCGACGAGUUCGCGCGCGCGUUCGGAGGCGACGCGGUGGCGGACAUCGCGGCGCACGGCGAAGAAAAACUCGCGCGUUGGCUCGACCUCGUCUUGACAAAGUCGUCGAGCGCGGAUGACGACGACGACGCGAAGAAGGCUCGAGAGCGCGUCGUCGACGCGACGUACGCGGCGCUGCAAGCGCGCGGCGCGUGGCCGCGGGAGAGCUGGCGAGAUGCGUACGUCCUGGCGCAGCUUCGACGGUGCGCGGCGGCGCUGCGGGACCGGGACGGCGACGGCGAGACGCGAGCGGAGAGCGCGCGGGAGGCGAUGCUGGCGGUGGACAUGGCCUUGAUCGUGGGUGCGCCCGUGGAUAUGGUGGUUGAUUUCGUGCGCGCGUGCGAGCGGGCGUUGGGGAUGGACGGACGCCGUGAGGUGAGCGCCGGGCACGCGCGAAGCGCGUCGACGAGCGAGUGGUUGUUCCCGAGCGCGGCGCCGAAAGGCGACCGAGGCGAUCAUGCCGCGCAGACGAGGCUCGCGCGAGUGCAUCAUCGCGAAAUGGACU